AUGUUACAAUCCACAGACCCAGGGAGACUAGGUUGCAAGGAGUACCCAAGGGUGGAUGCAUGGAUCUCUCUGAGAAGGAAAAAUAGAAGAGAUGGCAUAGGUGGACUAGGGGUGAGUAGGGAUGGAAACAUGAGGGAUCAGCACGGUGAGGACCUCGUGUUCAUACUCGCAGCUAUUUUGUCCAAGGGUCCGCUGCAGUCCAUGCAAGUCUUGGGACACAAGAAGACAGCCACCACCGUGGUGCACUACAAAUGGGGAAAUGGGCUCAUCAAGUUACUGGAGCCUGUUCUGCUGCUGGGCAAAGAGCAAUUAGCCGGUGCGGGUAUCUGGGUCCCUGUGAAGGGUGGUGGUCAUGUGGCCCAAAUUUAUGCUAUCCGACAGUCCAUCUCCAAAGCCCUGGUGGCCUAUUAUCAAAAGUAUGCGAAUGAAGCCUCUAAAAAGGAGAUCAAAGAUAUCCUCAUCCAGUAUGAUAGGACCCUUGUAGCUUAUCCUCGGCGCUAUGAAUCCAAAAAGUUCGGAGGUCCUUGUGCCCGUGCUCGAUACCAGAAAUCCUACCGAUAA